UUCUCAAGUAUAUCUUACUUUUGAUAAAAGCAACACUUUGUUACAACCUGUGGUAAAACCUAUGAUAGAAGUCUGAAUUGAAGGUGGUGGCAAUCCUGUCUUAGCGACCAAUCGAUUUUCUUCUCUCCGUUCACAACACAGGCAUAAGUUGAAUCAAACUAAAAUAUUUAUUUGAUUCUAGGCUGUCUACAUUGCGGUCUGGUAUUGUCGCGCUCUGAUGUUAUGCUUGGAUUUCGACGCUGUAUACUUAACUUACAAUUUAAUUCAAGUUGACGAUUAAGUAAUGCGUGUAACACGAUAUUUGUGGAUUAAUAAUUUACCUGCCCGUGUAACUGAACAAGAUAUUCGUGAUGUUUUACAAAGUCAUGGAAAAAUACAAAGUGUACGCAUACAUGAGCACGAUGGAAAUAACGGUGCUGUUGUUGCGUUUGUUGAUACUAAAUCUGCAACACGAGCUGUGGAAAGUACUGUUCGACUAAAAAAAGUUAAUUUAUCUCUUCAAUACUGUGAAUCAUCGGGUAUCCCUGGAAAUAAUAGUACAGAACAACUGUCUACUUCUGCGGAUUAUACUCAAACAAGCAACACUAGCCUUUUUCAGUCAGAUGGUAAUUAUUCACAACAAAAAAGUCGAUCUGUGAGUACCGUUAGCGACUCCAGUUCUGUAUUUCAUGAUCCGGACAGUAAAGAACAAUCCCAAACCUGGUAGAUUUCUCGAAAUCCGUUUAAUUGACACUUUUAUUAAAAUAGUUUAUCAAAUACUGCGACAAAUCGAAGUUAUUCUAAGGAUUCUAAAGCAGCCAAUAUGAACACAAGUCCUCAUCCUCAAAAUGAACACCGUGGAUUAAAAAUUACUCAUCUUCCUUUGCGUUCAUCAGAUACAAAUUUGCGGGAAGGAUUGUUUCAUGAAUAUAAAAAGCAUGGAAAAAUCACCUCUGUGUUCGUUCGGGGACAAGAUGAGGAGCGUAUCUGCAUAAUAACAUUCAAAAGGAGUGAGGAUGCCGAAAGAGCACUUGCAUCAUCAAAGGGUAAAGUGUUUUUCGGUACUCCUAUAUCUGUGCAUCCUCACGAAGGUUUAAAUGCUGAAGACCCUGAUCUAUGUCCUCCUGAACACGCUUUAGAUGAAUAUCAUCCGAAAGCCACUAAGACUUUGUUUGUGGGUAAUCUGUGUUCAGGCACAAUAACUCAGGACGAACUUCGUCGGACUUUCCGUGGUUAUGGUGAAAUAAUUGAGAUAGAUAUUAAAAUCCAAGCAAACCAACCCGGAACGUCAUAUGCAUUUAUACAGUAUGGAGAUAUUAAAAGUGUUGUUCGAGCAUUGAAAGAUCAAGAAACCGUGCGUGUCAACGGAAAGCCUGUUAAGUUAGGUUUUGGUAAAAGCCAGCCUACAAAUGUAGUUUGGCUUGAUAACUUGUCACCAACUAUUAAUGAAGCUUUUCUAACGAGACAGUUUGGACGAUAUGGUCAGCUCACACAUGUGGUUUUGGACAGAAAGUCAAUGAGAGCUCUUCUGUACUUCGAUAAUGUUGAAGUAGCUCAACAUGCAGUAAAUGAAACUCGCAAUCGGGCUCUUGUUGGCCGCAAAGUGCAGAUAGAUUACGCAGGAUAUGAGUGUCAAGUUGCCUUCAUGAGGAAACUGGCCAAGCAUGACAGCUUUGGACAAGUUUAUGAAAACUAUAAAGAACGGUUGCAAGAAGUUCUGUCGCUUUUACCAUACGGAGGUGUUAUGCCCUAUCUUGGAGAUCGACAAAGGUACUUUGGCGAUGGUCAACGAGAUCAUUUUCCAAGUGGAAAUACAAAGUUUUCUUAUAGGAGAUCCAACUGCAUUCGUAAUAGUCCGGUGGAUCGUUCUCUAAAGUAUGAACCAUCCUCUAAUAGGAACAAAUGUAUGUCACCGAUAUCCCCCCGCAGCCGAUCACACCUAUCAUCUGAUCGUAGGCGAACAUUUAUUACCAGUUCUCCUGAUGAACCAAGACUAUCUUGUAACUGGGUCGGCUCACAUAGCAGUCGGAGUUCGCACUUAAAAAAUGUACAAAGUGAAGAUAGGUCAAGUAUGGCGCCUCACAAAAAGUAUCAACAUGGGGAAAUUCCUACCAAAUCAAAGACAUCACGGCAUGUACCCCACGCUGAUACUAAGUCUAAUUCUAACUAUCGUCCACAUAUUGAUCAGUCGUGUUCGCGAAUCAAAGGUCAGUUACUUGAAGAAACAGAUGAUAUCAGUAGUGGUUCAUUUUCUUCAGGAUUUACAAAUGAUGACAGCAUUUGUGAAACCUCCUCUUUGAGACAUAGCAAUAGCAGCUCUGAUUAUUCAGCACCAACGUCAAAAUUACCGUCACACGUAUCUCGCGAUCAUGUUUUAGGUGGCGACAAACGAAAAAACAUAGAUGCUGAUAUUUCAGUCCAGAAAAAUGCUCGUUCUAGCCGUCAUGAGACAGUUCCUGUAGAGGAUUCACCCUACUCAUCAAACAAAAAACAUGCUCAAAGGUCAAGGGAGAGUGCAAGCCCACAACUCCGAACAAAUUCAACUCGCACAUCUCGUUUGUCCUCAUCACACCAUCGCACAAAUUCAGUAUCAGAUAGAAACUUGAGUCGCGGAGAUAGUAGUCAUGAGCAUUUGGAAGAUAGCAUUAAUCAAAAGCAUAACAAAACUAAUAUGCAUUUCCAAAGUAGAAUGCUGAUAAAAUCUUCUGAUAAUGAUUAUAGUAGUCCAAGUUAUACCUCGUCAAAAUCGAAGCGAGUUUUGCUUUCAUCAGUUGCCUCAGCAUACAAAGAUCCUGAAUACUCCAAACAGUCAAACACCACUAUAAGCCCUGUAUCACCUGAUGAUUUUCACUAUCAUAAAACAGAGGAUACAUAUGCACGUGUUACCAAUAGCUCUGAUCUUCCUAUCGCAGCAAAAUCGCAUGAUACUUUAACAAAACUUGAAAUGGAAAGAGCCAAAUUGCUUAGAGAACUUUCUCUACUUAAUAAUGAAGUUAUUGGUGGCAGCAGAGGAAAAACCAUCAACUAUACAAAUAAUGUUGAUGACUCUAAGAGAAAGCGUGCUCGGUCGUCUUCAAUGUUUCUCGGUGAUCUGCCGUCACCAAAGUUAAAAUGUGUUGAUAGUGGUGCUAAAUGUGAACUAGCACCCAUCCAAAACCCUAUCUUUACCAAUGAGGAGUUGAUAAAUCGUGGAACCCGAAAAUUCACUUCUAAUUCUCAUUCUAUGAAACACAUGGCAACUGUGCAUGAUUCAAAAUGUUCACUUCCCACUUCUACACAAGGUACUGGUGACAUGCAUGCCUAUGUUCCACCAAUGGAUAGUCAUUUUAGUCGAAGUGAUGCAGCGUCACCUAGUCAAAAGACCUCAUUGACCAAACCCUCAAUGUAUAACGCUCAUAAUAGUUCUCGGUCUGUAGUGCCUGAGAGUGUUAUGCCUAAUAGUUCCAACUUCUCAGUUAGUCGACAGACUGUCUUGAUGACAUCUUCCCCAAGGAUGAUUGUUCCCCCUGAACCUACAUCGCCGAUGGUACACAUUACACCUCCCAGUUCACCACUAAUUAUGGAUAAGUCAUCAUAUGCUUUCACGCCUAAUGCUACCUUUUCUUCCUCCCUUUCCGCAACUUCGAAUUCUGGAUCCAUUUCGUCUUCGCUUGCUAAUUCUUGCAGUAGAGAUCCUCGUCUGGCUAUUUUUCACAACCAAUUGUCCAGUGAUAUCCCUCCACCCCCACCAGAAACCUUCAAAUUACCAUUAUGGGUUGAUACCUCACCUCAUACAGAAUUGAUUUCUAAUUCAGUCACGAACCGUAUACUAAAAGCUCAGUCUCCACCUUUCACCAAAUCUCUUUGUGACGUUGAACAUGAUAUUUCUACUCAUGAUUCAAAUGGUUGUUCAUUGGAUGAACGUAUUAGACUUUUGGAUGUCCAGCUAAUGAAAUCUGAAAAGGCUCGACCCACUGUGGAUUACAGUAAGUUUCGUAUCAGACGUAAAGCUGAACCUAAUUUGACUCCACAAUCUUCACAGAGCACUAUCGCAACACCAUGCAUUUCAGGAAUUUCAGUUGUUUCUUGUUCACCGCAUUCUCCUGUUUUAACCGUUUCAACAUUUUCUGUCAGUAAUCGCAAUGAACUUGCGGUCUCAGAUGCUGUUAAUUCCGGUCUACCAGUCUCUUGCACAUCAAGUAUAUUACCGACAUCCCCUAUUCUGUCUAAUGCUUCAUCAUUAUCACUGAUUAAACCAGCGGAUACUUCGGAGUUCGUGAAAAGUAUGCUAUCUUUCUCCAAGCCCUCUCCCUCAACUCCUUGCAGCGAUCCACCGAAUAAUUUUUUUGCAAACGAAGUACAACCUGCUGCUCGACAUCCUGUCUCAGUUCCACAAUGUACAAACUCCUUUCUUUCUCGCCUGCCUCGCUCAUGUAUUAGUAAUAGCACGUCUGCAAUGAGUCCUAUACAAUCAUCCAUUUCUAAUUACAAUAAGCAAACAAUUUCAAAUAACCGUAUUCAUCCCAACGCCUGUAAUGUUGAACACAGUUCACUAUCUGGAGCUCAACCUGUCGGUGUGGCUACCAGAAUGCCAUCUGUAAGGUUAUCUUCUGGACCUGAUGCUUUAUCAAAAGUUGAAGAUAAUGAAUUAAUCACAAAGUGUACUACUAAGUUCAGCACAAAGAGAGAGAAUUUGGAUUAUAUAGAAAAGUACGAAUCUGAGAUUUUACCACAAUCUCACACGAAUACGUCGACCGACCUGAAUACAGGUUUAUCAUCACUCAUUACUGAUAGUCAAAAAGGUACUGAUGUAUCCAGCAAAGUCUCUGCAUAUGCUGUUUCUCCUUUAACAGGAUCAACUAAUGGAGUUCCUUUGAAAACGAACCAGAAACCUGUAAAUUCCAAUUCAAAAUCGUCGCCUCGGGAUGAUAUUAUCAGCAGUAAUAAAUGUAAAUCAGCAUCCCUUUCUAACUCAACGCCAACUAACACUAAAAAACUUCAGAAACAUGAUUCUUCAAGGUCUGUCUUAGAUGAUUUCGUGUUCCAAAAUUCCUUAGGAGCUGUUUCAUCUAAAGUUAGUCGUCCUAAAAAGGCUCAGGUUGAUUCAUCUUCUGUAUUACCUUCAAAAAGAAAAUGCUCUACAGCAUCUGAAUCCAAAGAAGGCUCUAUCUCCGAUGCCGAUAAAAAAGUACCAGAGAAUACUUCGGUACCAAAAGGUAAGGUUUCCGAGAAAAUGUCCUGCAAAAAUAUAUCUAAGAAAUUACAGUCAACCACUGAUGGUGCUCCACAAAAAGAGAGUGUUUCAAAUUGCAAAGCUAAAUCUGGUGGUGAUGGCAAUCGCCUAGCACCUGCUUCCAACAACCGUUCUAUGCUCUCCUCAGAGAAGAAAAUAGUUUCACCGUGUUCGAAGAAAAAGAAAAGCGUUCGAGAUAUUAAAAAGAAGAUUAUUGAUAGUGAAGAUUCUGAUUGGGAGCCAAAUGCAAUUGAAGGUUCACACCCGCGUGAUUUACUUGAUGACGAUUCACUAUCUGAGUCUCGCUUUGAGUCAAUGUAUGAUAAGAUUAAACGUCGUGCUAACCAGAGUACAACAAAGUCGAGCGAUUCACUGGUAAAAACAGAUGUUUUGCAGCGUUUCUUAAAGGUGAGAGGUAAACAGUCUAAAAAGGAUUCUCAAAAGUCUCCAGCUGAUUCUGAUACAGAUGAAUGUUUGAGCGAUGGCUCGUCUAGUCACUCUGACUGCACUUCCAUAACAUUAUCUAAACGUUCUGCGAAAUCCAACUCCUCAACAAAUGAAACUGUAUUAAAACCUGUUAAACAAAAAGUUUCAACAUCAAGUGGUGCAAAAUCCUCACCCCUCCCCACUCUUUCACCAAAGCGGAAAAAAUUGGCUUCUGAGUCUGAUGUUUCAACUUCAAAUGAAUCUUCACAAAAAACUCGUGGUCGAAAAGGCAAAAAGUCUAACGUUUCUAACGUACCCAGAACGACUCAAGUUAGGCAUCAACACAAAGAUGAGCAACAGAAAACUAGCACUUCAGGUGGUCGAUCAACUACUCGUCGUAAAAAAUCAUGUGCUCAAGAAGAUACCUCUGCUCAUGAAAGUGAAAGUGCUUCAGGCUGCACAACUUCAGCUGCGGCUUCGAAAGUUAAAAAACAGAAAGUAGUGCCAACUGAAAAUAAGAAACGUCUCUCAGUGAAGAAUACUCAUCGUAGCUUGGUGCAUCGUGUAUUUGCUUCAACAGAUUCCUCUUCACUUUCUUCUUCUGUGAUGUCUGAUUCUUCCGAUGAUGAAAUUUCGAAAUCGAAUAGUCAGGUCUCUAAAUCAUCCAUAAAAGAGAAAAUAAAUGACAAGGAAAUGACUCAAGAGGAAAAUGAUUGUCAGUCUAUGUUAUCGAAGUCUCCAUCAUCACGUGUGAGUCGUUCGUGUAGUCCUGAAGAUUUACGCGCAGAUGCUGCUAUUCGUCAUACAUUUGGAGCUUUUACCGCACCAUUUUUAAGCCUUAAAAAUGACCUGCCACACACCUCAGGCAUUAAGCAAAAUGUUCCUCAAACUGAUAUGGCCUUGAAAUUUUCACCUAAUUCGGAAGACUCAAGACCAACACCACCUACCCUUCCAAUGACUGACUCUAGUUUUAGCGGUGAUCAACAGUCUAAUGGUGGGAAUAUUGCGAAGCGACAAACACGUGAUCCUAGUGAUUGGAAUAUAUUUUCCUCACUUACUAAACAGUCCACACCGAUAAAAGAUGACAAUAUACAUCAGAAUUUAUCUUCAUCACCCAUGCAUAUGAUUGAGGGUGAUAACACACCAGCAAAUGUUGCAGGUGAUACAUCUUAUGAUACAGAAGACGAAUUGCCUUCUCUAGAAAAGCAUGAUGAGGAUGAAGUAAGCAACCCUUAUGAGUCAUCUAUUUUACUGCAUGAAAGCGAUAGUUUUAUUAAUCGUGCUGAAAGCUUAAAUGUCUAUAACGAUGACGAUUUACCGCCUCCUGUAGUUUCAGAAGUUGAUCAUCAACUUAGUUAUUCAGACGCUGCACCUGUAUCAACUGCAACCGUUCCAGACAUUAUUGAGGAAGUCAUUUACGAUGGCUUAGAAGUGCCUGUUUCAGAAGAAGGACAUCCGACAGCAAAUGCAUCUAUGAAAAGCAACUCUUGUAAAAAUUCACCAAUUAUUGACAAGGCUUCAAGUAAUAUUCCUCAUAAUUUGGUGGAAAUAACCGCAAAUGAUGAAUCAGAGCACCCUUCUUUUGACACAGUAGAUAUUCCCCAUGCUGAUGUUGGUAGUUUAACACAAAACCUUUCUUUAGAUGGCACAUCAUUAGUCACUUCAACUGUUACGACUUCAGUAAACUCAGCGACUGUUCAGUCAGCUGUUUUCACUCCAGUGGCUGUAUUGUCUGCGACUGAGCAAACUAAAGAUUCGCAAGCUGUGUUAGUUACUAUACCUACAACUGUCUCCACCAAUCUGAAUUCGCCAAAGUAUGCAUUGGUAACUGAUGUGGAAACUUCAGUUUCAUAUUCUUGUUCAUCACUAUCACCUAGUAUCAAUUCAGUUUCUCAAUCUCAUGUUGCUGUUAUAUUGCCAACAACCAGCAUGUCAGUUUCUAGGAAUUCACCGUCCACUGUAGCUUCAGCUGUUUUAGACUCACAUAACAGUGCAACAUCUGUUUCGUCAGUUCCUAUAUCAGGAGACUCUUUUAUGUCUCCAUCUUCAGUCAGCAGUGUUAACUUAACCAAUGGUCAGUUGCUAUACUCUUAUACAACCCAGACAGACCAAACGUUGACAUAUCAUUCACUAACUACUGGAAUCACUACAUCUGCUUGUACUAAUUCAUCACUGGAAAAUAGCAUUUCUUCAUCUUACCCAUGUCUAUCAUCAACAGCUCAAGUAGGUAAUUCUACUUUUGAUCCAACUGACUUUACGUCAUAUGUCCAACGUGUAAUUGAACGUGUAAAACAAGAGAAAGAUGAAGAAAUUAUGCAGCAGAGAGAAAAGGUGAAACGUCCUAAAAGAAAUACUUCUUUGACAGUUACUUCUGCCUUAACAAUGUGUUCAACUACAAAUGGCACCAGCACUGUUAUUAGUGUCACCAGUCCUUGCAUUUUUUCGCCAACAACAAUAACUCUUCCUACUGUACCUGUUGUACCCUCGAUACCAACAGCUGAUGUCCCUAAAUCCCAAAAUAUAGUUAUUUCCGAUGAUAAAAAUGUGAUAGUGUCUAUGUGUUCUGUAAAUAAUUCUACUACUCAAGACACUCAUUCGAGUGGUAUUAAGAGUAUAAUCAGUCCAAAUCAUCAACCUCAUAGUGUUUUGGACUCACCAAUUACAACAAGUGCACAGCAAAUCACAGCAGAUACUUAUGCUGAACAGAAUCUACUUAAUUCUGGAUGUAAUACAUUUGGCGAUGAUUCCCAGUCUCGAGAUAAAGUCGAUAACACUAUUGAAGCUGUAGUAAAUGGGGAAUUCGAUGAAAAGGAGUACGUGCUGAAGAUAUUAAAAGGAACGUUUAUUCACAAUGGUCAUUGUCGUACUUUAUCUGGUAGUGUUGGUUCUCCAUCCAGUCAAUCCGAUAUGCUCACAUUAGUACCUGAAGAUUCUUCAGUUAAGAACGAACAUUAUCAAUCUAAUGUUUCGGAAUCUGUUUACGUGGGAUCUCCUACCUCUACGUUUAACGUUGGUGUUCACUCCUCCUGCCCUGUACCUGUUAGCAAAGCGGUUCCAGAUCCCAUAAGUUCAAAUAAUCAGUCUUCAGGAGUUUUGACACCUAUGCAUGUAUUGACUUUUGUUGCUGCUAAUGCUUCAACAUCCUCAUCGCAACAUACAUCCACAUCAUCUGUUACAAGUCCGGAUGCAGCUACUCAAGCAGUAUCAAACUUAACUACUUCUACCCAUCAACUACCACCUACUUUAAGCUCCUCUAAUUCUGGCUUGGAUAAAGUUACCGAUGUAACUCCACUUGCAUCUUAUACAGCCAUUCCUAAUUCCACUGACUCAUCUAAUAAUUCAACAAAUACUCGAAUCGGAGAGUUUGCAGCUCGUCUGGCCAACAACCCCUUCACUACGUAUUUCUAUUCAUUACUAACUCAGAAGCAGUUAAGUCCAUCAUCCCUUAGUCCAUCUAUUUCAUCUAGUGAUCCUCUCUGUCAACGUCCAAAUGAUAACAUUACAUUGCCGUUAUGUUCAACCACAACACUUAAGAACUUGUCCAUUCCGAAUGCAUCUGUCAGUGGUGAUACAGCAGAUUACCUGGCAGCAGCUACUAUGGCUGCUAUGGCCGCUAUGGCUGGUCCAACACAAGAUAUGACAUCAUUUGGUCAAACUGGAUCAUCUUCAUCUUAUUCUGAUUCCAAAGCUGCAUUGUCCGAGAGUCAAUUUUUGCAAAUGUGGUCAACUGCACACUUACGAAUACAGGAGUAUCCAGUUAUUUGGCGAGGACGUCUUUCUUUAAAAAAUGAAGAAGUUUUUGUCAAUAUGCAUUAUAUUAGUGGCAAUCAAGAUUUACUAAAAAGUUGUAUGGGUGUUAUAGCUGAACAACAAGUGGCUUUAAGUAAUAUUACUACCAGUGCUAGUUCUAUGGGAUCGUGUUUAACAACUGAUACUCCUGGAUCUCUACAUCAACCUUUAAAGAUAGUACAACGAAUGCGUUUAGAAGCUUCCCAACUGGAAGGUGUACAAAGGAAAUUACGUCAACUAAAUGACUUUUGUAUGUGCCUUACUCUAGCAACUGUUCCACCGUUAACUCCAGAAGCCUCUGUUAGUAGUGAACAAAUUCGAAUGAAUAGAAUACUGUGUGAUGGAUUUAUUAAAUAUAUGCUUGACAAAUGUGCUGCUGGCAUAAUCAAUGUUUGUCAUCCCUGCACGCAACAAAACUUGUACGUUAUUCAUAUAUUUCCUCCCUGUGACUUUUCACGUUGCCAAUUACAAGUAUGCGCUCCUGCUCUUUCUCAUACUCUAAUGGAAAAUUCAAUCCCCCAUGUACUAACUGUGAUCACAACAGUAUAAAACAAGAUGCAUUUACUACUUCACAAUCUGUUACAAAGAUUUAUUUAUCCGUCAAUUAUAACGUGUCAAAUGCUGGAGGAUCACAAGUACUGGUUGAAUUCCCUUCAUAAAAGUUGGCUGACUAAUCAAUGAAGAUCUCAGUUAGUGCCUGUCUAUCAAAAUGUAUUGUAUAUUUUUUUCUCAAACUUUACUGUUGGUUACACAAGUAAUCUUGAAACAAAUAUUUAACUAGAAGUAUGUACUCCUUCUCGCCUCCCUUCUCCGUAUUAUUACAUACGGUGAGAAAUGUCUUCAUUGCACCAACCUCUUCCGCAGUAAUCCUCAAUGCUAAUUUUUCGUCGAAAAAUGGAUUGGGCUUUUUUUCUAUUUCACUCGUCCACCCAAAGUUUUGUGCACUAACUGUGAUGAUUACCUUACUUUUAUUCCAACUUACUUGUAAUACCUGGUAGAGUUGGAUUUUUAUCACUAUUUGUAUAUAGAAUGCGUGUGUGAGUGAGUGUGUGUGACCCCUAUCCCUUCACCUUAAUUGAGGCAGCUAUAUUUACUGAAUAUGUGUAUAUUAUUACAUAAUGUGUAUAUAAGUAUACUUUUCGUAUUAUUGACAUGUUUUUAAAUGCACAGUUUACUAAUGUAUAUGUACAUAUAUAUAUAUGUGUGUAUGUGUGUAUUUACCUGUUUAUGUUCAAUGGCAUGACUAGUCAGAUUGUUUAUAAAAAUGAUACACUUUUUUUCGGAGGAAAUUGUUUUAUCUUAUUGCUUUCCACUCUUUUUUUUCUUCUCAAAAAAAGAAGCAGUUAUAACCAGAAUUGAAAUGGCUUACUCUGAUUGCUUACUUACUUACUUACUAAGCACAGUUACUAUUCAUGCCUUUGCAAUUCUUCUAAUGGGUGUUAUGUCAAUACGAAAUUUCACGUCAUUUCAUUGUACAAAGUUUGAAAAGAUAUACAUAUAGUUGUUAUGAAUUAAGUUUUUGUACAG